GCUGAAGUGAGACAACAAUAACAACAAACAAUUAACCAAAAACUACGUAUUUCCAGGGCAAACAUUUUGUUUGCAAGCAAAUAUGUCGAUGCUAGGAAGUGUUUGUGUUUGUAGAAGUGCUUUUCUGCGGUUGUCAGUGUGUAAAUUACGCAUUUUACCAGCUACAAAUGUUGGUGUUUUCCAGCUUAAGAGGACGCAAAAUUACAGUGGCGGAUCUGGUGGGGAGUCUCGCGAGAGAGGAUCCUCAACGAAAUGGGGAGCUGCAGCCGUAGCUGGUGCAACAGGGUUUGCGUUAUUUCUGAAGACUCAGUGGGAGAGAAAUACAGUGUCUGCUGCAGCAGUAGAGCCAGGGGCUAUACGACAAGGUCUGCCGACUUACACAAUGGCUGAUGUAAGCAAACACAAAACAGCGAAAGACAGGAUUUGGGUAACAUACAAUAAUGGUGUGUAUGAUAUAACUGAUUACGUUGCACAACAUCCAGGCGGAAAUAAGAUUCUUCUUGGGGCAGGAACUGAUAUUGGACCAUACUGGGAUAUGUAUGGAGUCCACAAACAGCCAGAGAUGUAUGAAUUACUGGAAAAAUACCGAAUUGGAAAUAUAGUGGAGGUUGUGAAGAGAAAGGAAACUAGUAAAGAUGAUCCCUAUGCGAAAGAUCCAAAGAGACACCCUGCCCUGAUUCCUAGUUCUGAGAAGCCUUUCAAUGCAGAACCGCCUGUAUCCUUGCUUUUGCAGGACUUUUUAACACCAACUGGACUAUUUUUUGUGAGGAAUCAUUUACCUGUUCCAAAUGUGGAUGUAAAGAACUACAAACUAGAUGUCUCCAUUGAAGGUGGUAAAAAAUCUAAAGUAUUGACUCUAGGCAUUCUGAAAAAUAAGCUUGCAAGUAAAACUGUGGCUACAACCUUGCAGUGUGCUGGAAACAGGAGGAGUGACAUGGUUGCCAUAAAACCUGUGAAAGGUCUAAAUUGGGGAAUAGCAGCCAUAAGCACAGCCGAAUGGACUGGACCUACCCUUAAUGAUGUGCUUCAGUACUGUGGUAUUGACCUUGAAAAAGUUGACUGUGAACAUAUCCAGUUUGAAGGAAUGGAUACAGGUCCCGACGGCACUACAUAUGGUGCAUCCAUUCCAAUUGAACUGGCACGAGACCUGAAAAAAGACAUCAUUGUAGCAUACAAAAUGAAUGGUGAAGACAUACCACAAGAUCAUGGCUACCCAGUUCGUAUCAUUAUUCCUGGUGUAGUUGGAGCAAGGCAAGUGAAAUGGCUCAACAAGAUUGUACUCAGUAAGGAAGAGAGUUUGAGUCACUGGCAGAGGCGUGAUUAUAAAGGAUUCAAUUCCUCUAUUGAUUGGCAUAACGUUAAUUUCGAUACAUCACAGGCCAUUCAGUUUUUGCCCGUGCAGUCGGCAAUCUGCGAACCAGAAGAUGGACAGACUCUGGAUGACAGUGAGGAAGUCACAGUAAAAGGUUACGCAUGGAGUGGGGGUGGUAGAGGUAUAUACAGAGUAGAUGUGUCAGCGGACGGGGGUAAAACAUGGGUCAGUGCUGAUCUGGAGCCAAAUGGACAAAGUCCUUAUAGGUCAUGGGCAUGGACAUUUUGGGAAGUCACAGUGCCAAUUCCCAAAGGUCACAAGGGAAAGGUUGAACUGGUUUGUAAAGCGUGUGACUCGCAGUAUAAUGUACAACCGGAUAGCGUAGACGGAAUAUGGAACUUGAGAGGGUGCCUGAGUAAUGCAUGGCAUAGAAUACAUGUUGAUGUUCCUAAAUGAGAUUGAUAAAUAACAGUGAUCCAGUGAUGAUUGUUGUAUGUACUAGUCACAAGUGAUUUAGUCUGUCAAGCUUUGGUCGCAAUUAUUUACAGCAGAAAAUCCAUGAAUGUAUCUUUUAUUUAAAGUAGUGGACCUGUAAUGUUUGGGACUUUCUGUUAAGUAUACUCCUUAAAAUGUGGUUUGGAAAAAAAACAACUCUUAUCAAAAGAUAUAUAUUAUGGCUGAAGAUGUAAGAUGUUGAAGUUGUAAACAAGAAUACAAAUUCAUGGAUAUAAUUAUUACUGGCCCACUGCCUGAAUGCAGUGCAUAUAUAAACAUUCUCUUGUCACGUAUGCAGCAGCUGACGUAUGUGUGUAAAAUUACUAAACAAUUUAGUCAGACAGUCUUAGAUAUUAAGCCAAGUAAAAUCAGUACAAGUAUACAUACAUGUUAGGAACAUCUUCCAAUUGUAUCUUUCUGUAUACUAAGAUACAAGAAAUAACUGUUUUUCUGCAAGGUUGUUUUUAUUUCUUUCAGAAAUCUGACUGGUAGAGAAUUGACUUUGUUUGCCACAAAUGAUUUAAUAUUAUGGAAGUGCAAGUGCUAUCCCCCGUGCAUUGUUAAUGAUACAUAUUACUGCAGAGAAUGGGGCAUUAGCAGUUGCUAUAUAGUAAAAAACUGACUGUAGCCAGUAGAAUCCUGACUUAUAUAACAAAUAAUAAAAUCUGGUUAUAGUGAACUAUUCAUGAGUAUAAUGUGUUUGCUAUAUUUCAAAUUUGAAUGUAUAGGAAACUUGUUACAGUUGUAUAGGGAACUUGUUACAGUUGUAUAGGGAACAUGUUACAGUUGUAUAGGGAACUUGUUACAGUUGUAUAGGGAACUUGUUACAGAUGUAUAUGGAACUUGUUACAGUUGUAUAGGGAACUUGUUACAGAUGAAUAGAGAACUUGUUACAGAUGUAUAGGGAACUUGUUACAGAUGUAUAGGGAACUUGUUACAGAUGUAUAGGGAACACAUUUCAGAGUUGCAAAUGGAUUUUUGAAACUCUUUUUUCUUUGAAAUCUUGCAAAAGUCAGUUUUCCUUGUAACCUUGCAAAAGUUUAAUAACGAAAUAUAGUUUAUUCUAAUAUAUUCAUAAUUAUUUCAUGAAUUAUGAUAGAUUAGUAUUUAAAAUGCAUUACAUAACUUUUUGUGAAGUGGUAAAUUAUUAUUCAUACCUGAAAGCUUAGGAAAAGGACAGUUUUUGAGAAAUAUAGCAAAACACAUGUAAUAAAUCUAUGUCACAAAAUUAUGCUAUUUGAAGAUGAGAUGUCAUAUUUACAUUUUACAAUUUUCAUAAACUUGGGUUGUUUUAUGCCCCACCAUAUAUCAUGGUUUCUGGCCUGUAGCAAAUAAAACUUAAGCAACCUGAUCAAAGUACUUGUAGCAUACCAUAGUAAUACUACACUUAAAAAGCCUUUUUUUUUACCGUGGAUCAUGACAUUUUUAGGGUUAGCAAUAAUCAAUGUUCUUUGAAUUUAUUUUUUAUUAUUUAGACAUGAGAGUGUGUUCCUCAUAGAGGAGAAUGUACUAUAUCCAUAUCUGUUUUACAUUCUAGACCAAAGAAAGGCAUGAAUCAGGACAUUUGAAAUUAUUGUCUAUAACCGGAUAUUGGUUAUAACCAUGUUUGUUGUAGGUGUAGUUAAUUGGUGCAUAUUCAUAAGUGCUUUUUCAACAUAUUGCUCAAGGUAAAACUAUGUUACUUAACAAGAUUUAGUUGGUUUGAAUUUACAUUUUGAUUGUGCAGUGUAUGUGUGCUUCUUUUUCAUAAAAGUAUUUUUAACAUUCCAUACAGCCUUGGUAGCUCAAUGGUAGAGUGCCAGCUUCAAGUGUGAGAGCUUGUGGAUUUUCCUUCUGGCCAGGUCAUACUAAAGACAUGAAAUUGAAAGCAUUAUUGGUGUUACUUUAAGGGGACGCAUAUUGCUACAUUCACAGUUCAUACAGCAAUGCGGAAGGGGUGCAUAUUCAAGAAAUCGAUGGUGGGAAAAUAAAAAACAUAUUCCUAAACUGAUAUAAUACUGAUGGACACCUGUAAUAUUCAGUAUUUUGUGGAUAAGGAUGUGGUACUAUGAAUGUAAUAGGAAAACAGAGGUGUUUGUGAAAGUACAUUCAACACAAAAUAUUAAGCUUUUGUAUAAGGAAAAAACAGGUUUUUUACAAUAACAGUGUUCCAAAUAAUGUUGAAGGGAUGAGAUUUUCUUUCUAACACACCAGGUUUGCUUAAACAUGUAAAAAUUUAACGCCACGUCAGUUCAUCUCGGGAUGGACGCCAUAUUUCUCAUUGAUAAAAGAUGUAAACAAAAAAAUCAGAGUGGGAUUAGCAUUGCAAGGGCAUAACAUGACAUUCUACACAAUGAAUACCUUAGAAUAGAUAUCUAAGAUGCUACACAGGUCAGGCGGGUUAAAUGCAUAAUGUCGAUCACUUGAAAUUCAUCUUGAAAAGGUGGUUAAUUUUAGUUUGUUUACAUGGUUUUUAAUUUUCCCACGACUUCUCGGCGAUUCACUGCAAAUGUAUUACUGCACCGGACGAAAGGUAACUCUAAUAAACAACGGGAGACAACUUAGGUGUCAGCACGUGUACGAUUUUUAAAAAAAACAUGUCGAUGAUUAUAAUUUCUUAUCAAAUAAUGAACCCUAUUCAGAUAUUCGUCUUUAAUAUUAGAAAAUCAUUAAUUUCUGUGGACAUUUGUCAAAAAAUAUUACCUACAGUGGAGUACUUUGCGCAUCAAACUGGUUUCCGCUUCAGUUGUGAGGCACUUCCGUUAUACUUUUGACAACAAUAACAAAAUACAAAAUGAAUCAAUAAAGUCACUUAUAAACCGACUGCUACUUAAAUCAGUGUAAGUAAAGUUGUUGUUACAACAUUAUACAUGUUCGUUACGUUAUGAGAUAAAGUUUAUCUUGAACUGCAUAAUCCAUUAACUACGUUUACAUGAUAUUGCAUUUACAACUUAUUUGACCCCAUUUUUUACGUGAAUGACAGCAUUCUCGUGCAACUCGUGCAAACAGAGUUAUGAAAAGUAUGGUGGAGAAUUCAAGGACAAAUUAUAAAUGACAUUAAAAUGAGGAUAACUGUAUAUUCGGCCAGUUUUGAUCAUUGACAUUCCUGCUGUGUAUUAGUAACUUUUGUGAACAAGAUUAGAAUGUUACUUUUGCACAUAUACACAUUGAUUGGACCUCUCAACCAAAUUUCAUACCUUAUUUUAGGGAUUUUUAAGACAGUACAUUUUCAAAAGUUUGUUGAAUGUGUUUUGAUAUUUAAGUGCAUUGCAGUUCAUGAAUACCAAGUUAAAAAUUAAUAAUGGCAACAUUUCUAGGCCUUUAUUGUAAGCCACUAGACUUCUGUAAUGAUAAAUGUUUAAUGUAUUAAGGGGAAUAUACUCUUUUAGUUUUGUAAUGUGGCAUUCCUUGACCACCGUAUCUUUUCUUAUGCACUACUUUGUAAACAAACUAAAUAAUGUGUUUUAGCUCACAUAUGCCAAAUGAAAAGCAAGACAGUGAACUUAUUUCACAUUCUUUCUUUAGAUUAGAAUCUGUAGGACAUUGAUAAAUGUUUGGACAAAGUGAAGCACUAUUAUUUUCGCACCAAAAAGUCUUAAUUGUUGACUUUGAAUGUACACAAGAAGUCUUAUGUAAUUCAACAAUAACUUUCUUGUUUCAGUUUUUCUCAUUUUUAUUUUAGUGAGCAAUCCUUUGUGCACUUAUAAGAGUUGAAACAGUAUUCAUUUCAUUUACCAAAACCUUGUAUUUUUUUGCAGGUAAAUUUUAUAAUACCCCACCCACUUUUUUCUAAUUUCAAAGUAUGCGUCCCCUUAAACCCAAGAGAUUCUUAUUUUAUUGUGUUAUAUUGUUGUUGUUUUGUGAUUUGAUAGUUUUGUGAAGGUAUUGUAAACACUGGAGUUGCCAUUUGAAAGUUGGGGUUUAAUGUUGUUAUUAACGUAAAAUCUACAUUUUUCAUGGACAUACAUGAGUAUAGGUAUAUUUUUUGUGGGUUAUCAUUCAUACAUUGUUGGGUGUACAUGUCAACAUCACUGUUAAGGUUGUCUUGUUGUAGAAGUCAUAAUUUUCUGUGUAGCAGUAGUAUAUUUUUAGCAAACAUUAUUUUCAUCAUAAUCUCUGUUAAAAUUUUUGACCUUUUUAUGAACUAGCAAGGCUGAAAUAUGUACUGACAGCAGUAAAACAAAGCAUUUUUGUGUUUCCUUAAAUAGACAUAUGUCAGAUCUCAUCCAACUUCCCUUGAGUGAUGACAGCUGCAAGAAGAAAUAGCAUGCAUACAAUAAAGUCCCAGUUCCCCGCAGAUAAAAAGAGUACGGAGGGGCCUCCUUGUUUGAGUUUAAUUCUGCUGACAUCAGGUCACUGGGUUUGAAGCCUUACUAUAGGUAGCCUAUAGAGGAAGCCAUAUAGCUGACUUACGGAAGGUUGAUGGUUCUACCCAAGUGCAUAUUUUGUGGAAAUUAUGGCUGGAUAGGCACUUGAGGUUUUCCUUCACUAUUAAAAACUGGAAAGUCUAUAUAUGACCUAUAAUUUUGUUUAAUCCAAACAGAAACAAAUAAAAUAUAUGGGGUUGUAUUGGAAUCAAGCUUGCCCGUCAGUUAGUCUUCCUGUUAAAUUUGCUUUGCAGAUAUAAUAUCUCAGAAACAAUUUAAUGGAUUUUCAUACACAAAAAUGUUCGUUGCCAUAAUAAAUGAGGUGCUUGCAUGACCCGUAGUGAAGACACAAUAUGAAGUCAAAGUUCAAAAAGCUGCUGACACAAUAGUAAUUGUAAACCUCAUCAAAAAGACAUGUAGAGAGUCCUAUCAAACUCAGUAGGUUCAAGGGAAUACUAAGUCUUGGAGGUCAAAGAUAAAAUACAAAUAGACUUACAUAGUGUCCUCUUCUUAUCAUAUAAACUGCUCGAAGGACUCUAAUAGAACUUAGCAUCAGAUGUUUAUCUAGUGAACAACAGUGGGAGUAUUAGUUAUUUUCAGCGACAGCUCGAGUUACGUAAUUAUCUCCAUGGUGUUAUUGAAGUACUGUACAUAUUAUGUUUUGUUGUUUGCCAGUUCUUGGUAGUAUUAUAUUGGAUGUUUUGAAGGAUGGUGAUAUUGUUCGAUGUCAAAACUUUUGUGAUAGCUUGAUAUUACUUCAUCUGAUGGUAAAAACUGAAAAUGUAAAAAGUAAAAAGAAAAAAAACAACAAAAAAACAGCUACUAACAGCAUUUAGUAGCUGUUGGUUUAAACAAUAUUUUAUUCAACAAAUAGCAUGUGAAUACAAUACAUGUUACAAAAGCAAGGGAUUGAGUAGUAAGCUAUUUACGCUUUUUUAGAAACUCUUUCUCAUAGCAGAUGAUCCAACAUUACUAGACUGUAAUUGACAACCAUCUUAUCAAUGUAAUAAAUGAUCUAAAGUGAUGCUUUAAUAGGAUUUUAGUCUUCAUGUUUAAAUUUGGUCAACUUGAUUUUAACAGCACAAAUAGAGUUUGCUCUGUGGUGACAAUAUUUGAUUAACAAACAAAAAAUCCAAUAUAUAUUCAAUUUUUUUCACAAAUAACAUUUGAAAUUUCCUAUUUAAUUACUUUUAAAGAAAUCUGAAGUCAUAUACAAAAUACAUCCAGCCCAUGUUCUUUUUUUGCACUCCAAAAUUUUUUGUGGGAGGACACUUCGAGUUGACCUUGUCCAUUUGUUUGUCCGACUGACUUUGUGUCUUGCAUAUAUCAAGAAGUAUUUUAUCAAGAGUCAUUAAACCUCACAAGAUUGCUAUUCAGCAUGAGAAGUAGUGCACAAAAUGUUUUAAUUUUGAUCUCACCCAGCCAGACCAAAGUUGUGGCCCUUGAAAAAAAAAAACAUGCAUAAAUAAGGCCUAAAUUUGCGUGGCAUGUAUCUCAAAAAGUAUUUGUCCCAAGAUUAUGAAACAUUACAGGAAUAUUAUUCAGUAUGUGAAGUUUUGCACCUGGGGUUUUGUAGGUGAUAUCACUCACCCAGACCAGAGUUAAUGGCCCUUGAC